AAAAGAACUAUGGCUUGUUGAAGGAGAAUUGACAUUCAUUAACCCAGAAAUUAUUAGUCAACGUAUUAAUAAGUAUCGUGACAUUUUCAAAAGGUAUAGAUUGCUUUUUGAAAAUAUUACGAUUAGUUCAUCACCGUGGCCAAUGCCCAUACUAAAAAUAUUUCUGGAUAUUUAUUUAGAUCAUUUCGGUACCUACAGGAAUGUUUAUUAUUCUUUGGGUGGUACAUAUAUACAGAUCGGUAACAUGAAGCAAUCUGAUCAAAAAUUGCUUAAGAAUCAUUUUCUUAUUGGCUUGGUUCUAUUUGGUACUGAUUUUAAAGAUUUCAUUAAACCGGUUCUCAAUGACCUUAAGCAUUUGGAAAAUGUGUUUAUUAUGUAUAUACUAUAUAGAGAUGCUUGGAUCAUGGGUGGUAUUGGAUGUGUCACUGCUGAUUUACUGCAAGGCAAUGACUUAGCAG